UGUAACACAGAAUGUGGUUGUAACUUCUAACUUGUAGUCACUACAACUUACUCACUAACUACAAGGCAUCAAACCCUAGGGUUGUUAUAUUUUGUAUUCGAUUACUUUGCUUAAUCAAUAUUCAAUACACAUUAUAAUUACAGAAAUCUACAGACUGUACUAAAUUAUAUUAUAUACUUUAUUAGUUCAUUAUAGCGUAGUGAAGUGCAGAUGAAUACAUUGUACAUUAUUAAUAUAAUUAUUUAAAUAAAAAUACUUUUAAAAUGAUUUAUUUAUGGGCCUAAUAUAUGCAAUAUUAUAUAAACAAAAUAUUAAAUAGGCCAAAACAAUGAUUCUUCAUUCUUAUCUGUUGUCGUUAUUAUGUUUAUUAUUUUCGGCGUAAAAUUGUAAUUUGAAAUUUCAUAUUUUUACUGGAAACAUAACUAACUGCUGUUGUACAGUUCAGUUCUUCAUUUUAUUUGCAUUUUAUUAUAAUUUAUAUUGUGUUACCAUGAAUUAUUCCGCCUCGAAAACUCGAGUAAAAGAGAAGAUUCGUUAUGAUGUAGAUGCCCAUCGUCAGAAAAACAAACAAAUACUUUUGAAUUCGAGACGAGGAGUUAAAGUUGAGAAAGAAGAUAAAGAAUUGACUACUGAAGACCUGCAAAAUAUGGCACUAGAAAUCAAACGUGGAAAAAAAAUUACUGUUAAACAAUUAAAAUUGUUACAAAAUGCUUUUCUGGAUUACUUAGAUUUUACUGUACUGUUUUAUAAUACUCCAGGGGCCGUUGAUUCCUUACUUCAUCUUGCCUCUAGUAAAAAUGAAGAAUUACAGUUAGCAGCAAUUGAAUGUUUUGUUAACAUGGGCUUAGGAGAAAAAAAAAUAUGUUUCAAAUUGACAAAAUUAAUUGCACCAUACUUGAUGAUGUACAUCAAUCAUUUGAAUUUUAAUAUAUCGGCUAGGUCUAUAUGGACUCUUGGUAAUUUAAGUGAUUCUAGUCCAGGUGCAUGUAAAUUGCUUCAAAAUCAAAAUUUCUUUGGUGCACUGAUUGAUCGCUUAGAAAAUUCAACCUGUGAUCAAGUCAUUUAUGAUACCUUUUAUACUUUAAAACUUUUUCUUAAAAACUACUUGCAACAUUUACCGAUUGAUGACUUAAAUAAAUUGCUACAUGUGUGUUAUAAACGAUUGGAUACAUGGAGAGAAUCAUUUUGGAUAGUGUAUCAAAUUUCUUGUUUUCAAGACUCUGGCUUGAAAGAUUCAGAUUGUAUAUAUAAUUUAUUUGAUGCUUUAACUGAAGAUAUCAUCGAUAUAACAUGUUUAGUGCCUAUUUUAAGAACAUUUGGUAAUAUUAUAGCUAAAGAUUCAACUGAUAAUUCAGCACAUAAAUUUCUUCAUAGAUUACCACAUGGAGAAGGAUCUAUCAUAAGAGAUAUUUUAAUUAAUAAUUCAAAUUAUGAUUUAAGUGAUGAAUGUGCUUGGUUGUUAGGUAAUGCUUUUAAGGCUAUAAAAAUGAGUGAAGUUAUUACGAACAAAACUAAUGCCUUUGAAAAAAUUUGCGGUUACUUUUUGUUAUGAAUUUGUAUGUAUAAAAAUUUUCAAUGUUAAUGAAUUAUGUAUUGAUGUAUAUUUUUUAAAUUGUUUACCUAUUUAUUUAACUAUUUAUACAUGGUAUGUUAGUACAUAUAUUUUUUAUUAUUAUUAUUUUUAAAACUACAAUAAAAUAUGUAUACACUUUAUUUUUAUACAUAAAUUUAUUAUACCUAAUUUUUUUUUUUUUUUAAUGUUUAAUCUAGUUAAUACACUAUACUCUAUGUUGCAAAAGAAUACACACGGCUUGCUCAUCUAAAUAACUACAACACAUUCAACUCCUCUAUCAUGUAGUUACCAUUUUGUGUAAGAAUUUGCAGCAAAAUAUUAGUUUUGGUCGCUGCCGUAUUCAUGGCACAAAGCAGGGGCGGAUUUAGAUAUGUAGUAACCUAUGGACAAAAUAUGUUAUGGGGAUCUAAAAUAAAUAAACAGGACAAUAGAUUUUUGAUAAUUGUAUGGUAUUCAAUUUGUAAACAAUAAUUUGUAAAAUUCUUUAAACUGAAUUGUUUUUAAAAUUGUUAUCUAUGUCCUAUUGUCAUACUGAUAAUUUUUAACAAAUUAGAUUGUUUCAUUUUCAAUUUCUAUAUCAUUUGACUGUUUAUUUUUUAAGAAAACCAAAUCAUUUGUUAACCAAUUCAUAAGAAAUAUUGAAACUAUGGGGCCCUCACGACUGUAGCUUCUCUCUAUAUCCAGCCUUAGCACAGAGUAUAUGUAAUUUAUAUAGUGUGUGUUAUAAUAUAUUUUAAUCUGUAUUUAUUUAUUUUUAUUUAUAAAAAUUAUACAAUAUACUCAUGUUGCGUGUAAUGAUACACUAUGCUGAGGAUAGCCAACUUGUGGCUCAUGUUUUAUUUAUAAAAAAUCAAAAUUGACUUAUUA